UGCAGCCUGAACCCAUCGAAAUUGACGUAGUCCGGACCGAAACCCUGAACCCUACCGCCCCCACGUCGCCGGCAACCGCGACCGAGCAGCCACCGCCGCGACGAUGGCUCUCCUCCUCAAGCGCAACCACCACCUCUCCACCACUUCCCGCCUCCUUCUCCGCCGCCUAUGCGCCACCGACCCCACCACAGAGCCGGCGCCCGACUCGCCGCCGCCACCGGCUCCCGACUCGCCACCGCCCAUGACUCCCGCGGAAGCCAAGCUCCUGGACUCGCUCCACGCGGCGAUCCUCGACCACAGCCGCGCCCACCCUUCGACCGCGCUCCCCGCCUCGCCGCCAUUCGAGCCCCUCCCCGCGCUCUCCUCCACCCUCGCCGGCCUCCUCCCUUCCCCGCCCGCGCCGCACCUCGCGCUCCAGCUCCUCGGCCGCCUCCUCGCGCUCCGCCGCGGCGUCCCGUUCCCGGAGGCCCUCACGUUCUUCCACCACGUCCUCCCGUCGCUCCCCGCGGACUCGCUCCCCGCGCUCUACGCCGCUAUGAUCGACCUGCUCGCGAAGCACCACCACUUCCCGCUCGCUCGGCACCUGCUCGACGAAAUGCGCGAGCGCUCCAUCCCCGUCUCGUCGCAGGUCAUCCUCGCCAUAAUCCGCCGCUACGUCCGGGCGGGGAUGUCUGCCGAGGCCUCCGAGCUGUUCCGUCGCAUGGAGGAGUAUGGCGCCGGGGUCCCCGACCCUGCGGUGCUCGCGUCUCUCCUUGGCGCACUGUCCAAGAAGCGCCUCGCCAGUGAGGCCCAGGCCCUGUUCGACAGCUACAAGUCGGUAUUUCCUCCUGAUGUAGUGCUCUACACGACCCUGGUGCAUGCCUGGUGUCGGGCCGGGUGUCUCGACAAGGCAGAGCAGGUGUUCGCUGAGAUGCAGCAGGCGGGGAUCAUGCCGAACGUGUACACCUACACUUCUGUGAUUGAUGCCAUGUACCGCGCGGGGCAGGUGCCCCGUGCGCAGGAGCUCCUCUGCCAGAUGAUUGACACCGGGUGUCCGCCAAACACUGCGACCUUCAACGCCAUCAUGCGGGCUCAUGUCAAGGCCGGGCGUUCUGAGCAGGUGCUGCAGGUGCACAACCAGAUGCGGCAGCUUGGUUGUGAUCCGGACAUUAUCACAUACAAUUUCUUGAUGGAGACACAUUGCGGGAAGGGGCAGAGCAACCUUGACGCAGCGAUGAAAGUGCUCGCCAAGAUGAUUGCCAAGGGGUGUAUUCCUGACUGCCACACGUUCAAUCCCAUGUUGAAGCUGGUCCUGGGGACCGGCAAUGUAGAAGCUGCACGGAAGCUGUACGAACGGAUGCAGGAGCUGCAGUGCAAGCCGAAUGUGGUGACUUAUAAUUUGCUUAUGAAGUUGUUCAAUAAGGAGAAGUCGAUGGACAUGGUGCUGAGGAUAAAGAAGGACAUGGAUGCACAAGGUGUGGAGCCAAAUGUGAACACCUAUGGAGCUCUAAUCGAGUCAUUCUGUGGGAGGGGAAACUGGAGGCGCGCUCAUGCGACGCUGAGGGAAAUGGUCGAGGAGAAAUCCCUGAAACCCACGAAACCAGUGUAUGAUAUGGUGCUGAUGCUGCUGAGGAAGGCCGGACAGCUCAGGAAGCAUGAAGAGCUUGUGGAAUCAAUGGCUGACCGGGGCUUCAUCAAGCGCCCAUCAGAGGAUGCCUUGUGGAAGGCAGUAGCUGCUUCCUAAACAUUUUUUCCCAUAUGAUCCAAAAGGACCGGGAAGUUCCAGCUAUCAGCAUGAUAAUGGAACGACGUAGUACCAGCAUCCAGUACGGAAACAAAGAGAAUAUGAGGUUCUGCUGCCGCCCAAUGCUAGCAGCAGCUAAGGAGCUAGAAGGUUCGAGUAAACAUAAAUGACAGCAUAAAUUUGUAGAACAGCACUGAGUGCUGUGCAUAGAUGGCCAGGCACAUCAGGCAAACAACGUUGAUCAGGCACAUCAACUUCACCAGCAGCUACAGGCACCAUGUUUUCUGCUUGCUUCCUUAAGUUAUUAUUGUUGUGCAAUCUUAUAAGAGUGGUAUUUUUUUUCUUUCAAAUCUGGUGUGUUGUAUCCUAGUAUAGAGUAAUAAUGUUUCCCUAGUAAUACUGAUAGAAAUUGACGUUUCGAAUUCCUACACUACAAAAUUUGAAAUAUUUCUUGUCUUCAA